GACACAACCAAACCUGAGGUGGUUGGUGGCGGAUACCUUUAAUUUCCACUUGAGUAUUCAAUUUAAUUCUUUUAAGGUUUCUUUCCGGAUUUACUACCGACUUUUUGUAAACUCAUCUUCACAUUCAAUUUGAAAACAAAACUUUUUUUUUUAUGAUUUGAGUUUUUGCUACUCACUUGUCUCACCUUUUUUAUGAAACUGGAUCUCAUGAUUUUUAAACGGAAUACCCACGUUUUUCAGAGGUGACCCGUCAGCUGUUAGAAUGAAGAAUAUCCUAAUCAUCAUCUGCUCCAUGUUUUGGAGUCUGGCAUUUGUGAAUGGAAUGCAUCCAGAAUGCCGCUUUCUCUUAGAGAUUCAACAAGAAGCAAUAGAAUGUGAGGAAAUACUGAAACAAAUUGGGCCCUCAAACAGUCAAGGGUGCGAAGGAAAGUGGGAUAACCUUACCUGCUGGAAACCAGCUGUUAUUGGAGAAACAGUUACUGUCCCUUGCCCAAAAAUGUUUGGCAACUUUUUCAGCAAACCAGGCAAUAUAAGCAAAAACUGUACAGCAAAGGGAUGGUCAAAGAUAUUUCCAAAUAUAAUAAGUGCUUGUGGAUUUAAUGCAAAUGUAUCUGAAGAUAAGCUGACUUUCUUUUUGGUGGUGAAGGCCUUCUACACAUUGGGACACAGCCUCUCAUUGAUUGCCCUUAUUAUAGGCAGUGCCAUUCUUUGUAUUUUUAGAAAACUUCACUGUACACGAAACUACAUCCACCUGAACCUCUUCUUCUCAUUCAUUCUGAAAGCAAUCUCAGUUUUUAUCAAGGAUCAUAUUCUUUACUCAGAAAGCAAUUCUAAUAUGCAGUGCUUAGAGCAAGAACCUUCACUGCUUGGCUGCAAGGCAGUUAUGGUCAUUUUUCAGUACUGCGUUAUGGCAAACUUUUUCUGGCUCUUAGUUGAAGGCCUGUACCUUCACACUCUCCUGGUCAUUAUAUUUUCUGAAAACCGGCACUUCAUUGUGUAUCUCCUCAUUGGUUGGGGAAUUCCAUUAAUAUUUGUUACUGCUUGGACACUGACUAAGUUAUAUUUGGAAGACACUGGGUGCUGGGACACAAAGGAAGGCAACAUCCCCUGGUGGAUUAUCCGAGGACCAAUAAUAAUUUCCAUCAUUGUAAAUUUUAUUGUUUUCAUCAGCAUCAUAAGAAUUCUAAUGCAGAAGUUAAGCUCACCAGAUGUAGGAGGCAAUGACCAAUCACAGUACAAGAGGCUAACAAAAUCCACUCUCCUUCUGAUUCCUUUGUUUGGAGUCCACUAUAUUAUUUUUAUUUCACAACCUGAUGACAGCAUGCAUCAGAUCAUUUUUGAACUGGCCAUUGGUUCAUUCCAGGGACUUGUGGUUGCUGUUCUGUAUUGCUUUCUGAACAGUGAGGUGCAAUGUGAACUCAAAAGAAAAUGGAGGAGCAUUUGUUUGAACCAGUAUGUGGGCCGAGACUACCGACUACACAGUUCAUCCAUCUCCAGAAACGGUUCGGAGAGCAAGUCCCAUUUCCACCGUAAUUCAAGGGCUCAGUCAUUCCUUCAAACAGAAACAUCUGUUGUGUGAGUGAAGCUCAAGUUCUUUUGAGGAGAAUGGAAUAACCCUGUACAUAGUGUAAUAUGAAUAUUGUGUUAGAACUUUGUCGACUACAUACUUUAUAAAGAUUUUUCUUUGCACAUACAUUAUUGACCACGUAAUUAUCUUAUUGCGCAUUUAUAUUUUAUUCUAAUGUUUUAUCAGUAAUGCUCAUUUAAAUAUACUAUAUUAUGAAAGCUUCACUUUUGUUUAGCUUUUCAAAAGAAUUGUAUGAGCAACACGUUCAUGUCAGUGACUACAUCAUCUUUACCAAAUAAAACCUGAAUGUCUCUCAACAAGACCAGCCUCAUGGCACACCAUGUACAGUACAGUAAAUGUGAUUUUUCGAUUGUACAAAAUUGUUACUCUUUUUUUCUUGUCCCUUUUUUACAAUCAUUGUUAACACUAAGAGCUGAACUUGGUGUAAUAAAAGAGUAAAAAAGCAAA